UUACUGUGGCAGGUUAUAGAAUUGGGAGAAAACAACACAUACCGAGGACUAAGUGAUGGGUGUUGUUAGUUCCAUGUGAUAAUUUCGAGCAGCGUUGUUGGUUUUGCAGCUGCAGUGUCAACUUAGCAUCCCACUCUGUUUGGCCCAGUAUUGCCGCUGUGCAUAUGUUUUAUUACUGCACCACGUAUGGUAUGGAGUUGUUUCUGUGGAAUGCUGGAAACUGUGUGUAUGUGUAGGAUAUGCAAUUCAUCGUAGGCUUUCAUGGGGUUACAUUUUCAAGAGGGCUGCUUUCAAUGCUUUGCAAUAGGCUCAGGAAAUUCUUAGUGUUAAUGCACCAGGCCAUGAAACUUCAUUUGUUCUGCAAUUGGUCGAACAGUCGGUGGACCAACUUGUUACUAGCAGUAUUUCAGGUUGUCCCAGUCGGUUGCUGUUGCCAUAAUGAAUUAUUUUCUCUCUUCUUUUUUUUUGUCCCAGCUUGUACACUAAAUCCACUUUACUAAAGAUUUUUUUGGCCAAUUCUUCAGGCUUCCUUGGUAGUGUAGAUUCAAGAAAAUUUUAUAAAAUUUAUUCAUUCUUUCUUCACUUUUUUUUAUUUGUAUGUUCUCUACUGUUGAGUUAAUUUAGUUGCAACCAUAACAAGUAUGCUCUGUAUUCAGUUCAGCUAACAGUUUUUGUAGUUAUUGUUAAAAUAAACUGCUUUUUUAAGUAAGGGAAAAUGUUCCCAUUGUUUUAUUUCAUUAACCAUAUAUAUAUAGAAAAUUUAUUCUAAUUUGUUGUCCUUAAUUGCCGAAGGAGCCUUUUUUGGGUACAUGCUACGCAACUUUCAUAUGUAUAACUGUAAUGAACAUACAGUACUGGAAAAUUUUAUCUGUGAGUUGCAUGACGACAAUGUUAGAUCCCUUACCAUUUUUAACUUUGUAUGCAUGAACAGAUGAACACUCAAUACAGUAAUUUUCAUAUUUGGGAGGUGUAAUUUUUAAAACUAGUGACAAUGGGAAAUCCUUAUCGGUGUUCUUUUAUGUCUUAUCUAGUUAACAUAACAUAGUGUUAGUUGGAGAACCCAGGAUGGGAACAAUUACGUUCCCUUGAAUUACUAGGCUAAAUAUGCUCCUUUUUUGCAAUUGCCAGCCUGAAAAGCUCAUAAAUGCUAAUUCAACUGAGGUUGAUUGGGAACGUUCCUUCUAUUUGAAUUUAGUCACUCACACGUCAUAUACUGUCACAGUGGCAUUGUGCUGGUAUGUUUCUGUGGCACUUCUGCUAAGAUCUUACAAGCUUUGUAUGCUCUGAACAAUUAGCUAUAACUAUGCAUAAGAACAACUGCAAACCUUUUUGGGUGAUCUAUUGAGGUGUUAUGGCUGGUGUGCGAGACACUGGAGUUGAGACAUAUAUUCAGGAGGCGCCACCGUAUAGAAGAGGUGUAAUAACGGUGGUGCAGAGUGUGUGUGUGUGUUCAGCAUCGAUGUGGCCUUGUGUUGAGCUGUAGGCUAUAUAAGCCAGUCUGUACCUAGAGAAUGGUUAAGCUGAACAAAUUGAGAGAAAUCUACCAAUUAGCCUCCUACUCUCAGUUAGUCCUCUUCUUCUCCAAGCCUUCGUGUUUACUAUCUUCAUCGCGUCUUGGCAGAUCGCCAAUGGCAACGGGCUGCUAAAUGAAGUAAAUCCUUAUAUUAAUACAACACUUUUGGUCUGUUAGCUAUAUUCAGUUAAAGAACUCCCCAGAUUUUUGGUUCAUAGUUUCUCACCCUUUAUCAAAAUCUGAGACGGUUGGCAAAUAAUGAUUGUCAUGUCAUCUAAUUCCGUAUUGAAACAGCAUUCUCUGUUUCAACUAAAUGUUGCGAAACGGGUCUGGGUUGUUGGUACAAUCACACUUUUUUCAUUAGCUGGCUGAACAAUUUGUGACCACAAAUUUGUCUUUCAGCUUGAGGUUGCCCUGGAAUGUUAAGGGACUCACAAAUCUUAGAGUGCCAGUAGUAUCAAUUGUCAUGCACAACAAAACCUUUUUUUUCAUAACUCCCCUUAGUAAUAUUUAAUGGUUGGUUAUGUGCUUCUUCUAAUCUACUUCCACAGUAUCAGCAAUCUUCACAAUCGUGCAGACAAAAGCAAGCGGUUGCCUCCAAUUUACAAGGUUUCAAAAACUGUAUAUGCAUCCCCUAGUCAUGUAAAUUUCCGCCUUGAUCAAAGAAAGGCUGUAGAGACAGUACCUGCAUAUCCGAACAUUUAUUUCUCAGUUGAUGACUUCGAUGAUCCUUUUGAUGCUGUGGUUUUGUCAGACCCAGAACACUGCUAUUGUGUGAUUCUCAAUGCGCAUGAUGGGGCAGCAUUUCCUGAAGAAAGCGAAUCAAGCAAUGUCGGUUCAAAUAUACAAUCUGGGAUCAACUCUGGGAGCAGUGGAGAGAACCCACCAAAGGUUCACUCUCUUCCUAAAUGAAGGUUUCAUCGUGAUGACCGCAGCUCUCUUCUAUGUGAUGGUAGUUUAGAUGAUCGAUAUCGACUUGUAAUGUGAAGACAAACUCGCGGUCUCGACACUUGUAAUAUA